GUCUCUUUUGAUCGACGACAUGACGUUUCAAAAAUGCAACGGCAAUUUUUUUUUUAACAAAGAAUAAUCAAGAAAGUGGUAGAGAGUCCAGAACUCAGGCAGCGAAACCAUUUUUUUCUUCUACAACAUUCUAUUUUAUACAUAUAGCCUCUUCCCCAAGCUUCUUCCUGUUCCUAAUUAGAGUUCAGACCACGGCGUCUUCACCCCUUUUCUCUCACAGCUCACCACUCGACGUCAACGGACUCUCUCUCUCACUUACAUUUAGUCUUUCUCAAGCUCAGCCUCUCACUCACUCUACCGGUCUCCCCUGUGAGUUUAUGUGACUCUCUCGCCCCUUAGCCUUACACACACUGUCGAGUUCCGUGUCAACUUGGGUCUACAGUAACCAUUACCAACCAUUUAUCUCUCUGAUAACGAAAAAGUAAGAAAAUCCUGAAUUAUAGGCGCUGUUGAUCGUCGAGAUGGCAAUGAGGAAAGCCACAAGGCUCGCCCAGUCGGCUCUGUUAACCAUUAAUGGAAGAAACUCUCAUUUACAGUCUCGUACAAUAGUCACUUGUGCCCGCCCACUCCGUGCUUCCAUCACUUUUCUUCAUCGGACUCGUAUUGCCGAUUUAAUCUUCGCCAAUAAGAACGACGUAGUUUUUGGCCAGCUAUCGUCAGUCAACUUCACUCGCAAGUUUCGCUCUUCUGCUCCGUCUUUCUAUUCUUCAACUACUUCCCAGAUUAGUCAAAAUGAGUUCACUGAAAUGGCGUGGGAAGGCAUUGUGGGUGCGGUUGAUGCUGCAAGAGUCAGCAAGCAGCAGGUGAUUGAAACGGAGCACUUAAUGAAAGCCCUUUUGGAGCAAAAAGAUGGUUUGGCUAGGAGAAUUCUCACAAAGGCAGGACUCGAUAACACUUCGGUUCUUCAAGCUACAGAUAAUUUUAUAUCUAAACAACCUAAGGUAACAGGGGACACUAGUGGCCCCAUUAUAGGCUCAAACCUAGGCUCCCUAUUGGACAAUGCUCGGAAGUGUAAGAAAGAAAUGGGGGACGAUUUUGUUUCAGUGGAGCAUCUUUUGUUGGGUUUUCAAUCAGAUAAGAGAUUUGGGCAGCAAUUAUUUAAGAACCUUCAACUUAGUGAGAAGGAUUUGAAAGAUGCUAUAAAGGUUGUUCGUGGAAGUCAGCGGGUUACUGAUCAAAACCCUGAAGGAAAAUAUGAGGCAUUGGAAAAAUAUGGAAGUGACUUGACUGAGCUUGCAAGGCGUGGAAAACUUGAUCCUGUUAUAGGUCGAGAUGAUGAAAUAAGGAGGUGCAUUCAGAUUUUAUCUAGGAGAACGAAAAAUAAUCCUGUAAUUAUUGGGGAGCCUGGUGUAGGGAAGACUGCAAUUGCUGAAGGAUUAGCUCAACGAAUUGUGCGGGGAGAUGUUCCAGAACCAUUGUUGAAUCGAAAGUUGAUCUCUCUAGACAUGGGUUCAUUGCUUGCUGGUGCCAAGUUUCGAGGGGAUUUUGAGGAAAGGUUGAAAGCUGUUCUUAAAGAAGUUACUUCUUCCAAUGGCCAAAUUAUAUUGUUCAUCGACGAGAUUCAUACAGUUGUUGGUGCAGGGGCUACUGGUGGUGCAAUGGAUGCUGGGAACUUGUUAAAACCAAUGCUUGGACGAGGAGAGCUCCGAUGUAUUGGAGCAACCACCUUGAAUGAGUACAGAAAAUACAUUGAGAAGGACCCUGCACUGGAACGUAGGUUUCAACAAGUUUUUUGUGACCAGCCAUCUGUUGAAGACACAAUAUCAAUUCUUCGUGGAUUGCGUGAGCGUUAUGAGCUGCAUCAUGGUGUCAAAAUUUCAGACAGCGCACUUGUUUCGGCUGCUGUGCUUGCAGACAGAUAUAUAACUGAACGAUUUUUGCCAGAUAAAGCCAUUGACCUCGUUGAUGAAGCUGCUGCAAAGCUGAAAAUGGAGAUUACUUCCAAACCUACAGAGUUGGAUGAGAUAGAUAGGGCUGUGUUAAAGUUGGAGAUGGAGAAGUUGUCUCUAAAAAAUGACACUGAUAAAGCGUCCAAAGAAAGGCUAAGUAAGUUAGAAAAUGAUCUAGCAUUGCUUAAACAAAACCAGAAAGAGUUAACUGAACAAUGGGAUCGUGAGAAGGUGCUUAUGACUCGAAUAAGAUCAAUUAAAGAGGAGAUUGAUAGAGUUAAUUUGGAGAUGGAGGCUGCUGAGCGUGAAUAUGACUUAAGUCGUGCUGCUGAGCUCAAAUAUGGAACGCUGAUUUCUCUUCAGCGCCAAUUAGAAGAGGCUGAGAGGAACCUUUCUGAUUUUCAGAAGUCAGGGCAAUCUUUGCUUCGAGAAGAGGUCACCGAUCUUGAUAUUGCUGAAAUUGUUAGUAAAUGGACUGGUAUACCCUUGUCAAACCUUCAACAAUCAGAAAGAGAAAAGCUAAUUUCGUUAGAAGAGGUUCUUCACAAAAGAGUUGUUGGUCAAGACAUGGCAGUGAAAUCAGUGGCUGAUGCAAUCCGGCGAUCAAGGGCGGGGUUGUCUGACCCCAACCGACCAAUUGCAAGCUUCAUGUUCAUGGGACCAACAGGUGUUGGAAAAACAGAGCUUGCAAAGACUUUAGCUGGUUACCUCUUCAACACAGAAAAUGCUCUUGUCAGAAUUGAUAUGAGUGAGUACAUGGAAAAGCAUGCAGUUUCACGCUUGGUUGGGGCACCACCAGGCUACGUGGGCUACGAAGAAGGGGGGCAGCUUACAGAAGUGGUUCGACGAAGACCGUAUUCUGUGGUACUCUUUGACGAAAUAGAGAAAGCUCACCAUGAUGUCUUCAACAUUUUGCUACAACUAUUGGAUGACGGAAGAAUAACUGAUUCUCAAGGAAGAACUGUGAGCUUCACAAAUUCUGUUGUCAUAAUGACCUCUAACAUAGGUUCCCACUUCAUACUCGAUACUCUACGUAACACACAAGAUAGCAAAGAGGCAGUUUAUGACAUAAUGAAGAAACAAGUCGUUGAGUUAGCGAGACAAACUUUCCGACCGGAAUUCAUUAAUCGAAUAGAUGAGUACAUUGUCUUCCAGCCUUUGGAUUCCAAAGAAAUUAGCAAAAUCGUGGAGAUACAGAUAAACCGUUUGAAGGAGAGGUUGAAACAGAGGAAAAUAGAGCUUCAUUACACAAAUGAAGCUGUUGAGCUUCUGGGAACGCUGGGAUUUGAUCCCAACUUCGGAGCAAGGCCAGUAAAGCGAGUGAUUCAGCAGCUGGUGGAGAAUGAAAUUGCAAUGGGAGUUCUAAGAGGUGAUUUUAAAGAAGAAGACGCUGUCAUUGUUGAUGUUGAUGCAUCUGCAUCAGCCAAAAGCCUUCCUCCCCAAAGUAGAUUGCGCAUCAAGAAAUUGGAGACUACUUCUGUAGAUGUUUUGGUUGCCAAUGACUGAGUAGUUUAAAGAUGUGGUGUUGUAAAUAACUGAGAACAGCGAAGAAUGAUUUUCUUAAGCACUAGUUCGAAUGUUAGAAAAUCCAAUCCUCGUAUGUUUUUCUUUUUUGUUUGUUAAUAUGUGUUGGAAAAAAAAACAUUUUUACUUGA